AUGAUCAACGUGGCCACCCCUCCAUACAAACCCGGCGUCCUUCGAGACGGCGCCGGGGAACUGGGAAAGCUAGCCGCCUUGCUCCCUGAUUCCGAUGAGGAUUCUGCAGUUGCCGUGAACGACGACUUGCUAUCUGUUGCAUCAUUGACAUCGAGCGUCCGUGACUUUGUGGUCGAAAAUGGACGGACAUACCACUCCCUCAGCGUGGGGAAGUAUAUCCUACCUAAUGACGAGGAAGAAAAGGACCGACUAGAUAUGCAAAAUCACCACUUCCUGGUUACCUUUGGAGGCAAGAUGCAUUUUGCCCCAGGUGCAGAGUAUGCACAGCGUGUCCUAGACGUAGGCACAGGAACUGGUAUCUGGGCUAUCGAUUUUGGUAAGGCGUAUCACCGUCUUUCUGUGGUUGGUGUCGACCUGAGCCCCAUUCAGCCAUUCUACGUACCCCCAAAUUGUUCAUUUGAGAUCGACGAUCUGGAAAAGGACUGGACAUGGACGCGGCCAUUCGACUACAUUUUUAGUCGGAUGAUGGUUGGCAGUUUUGCAGAUUUCUCCCGAUUUGCUGACCAGGCAUACCGACACCUGGUCCCUGGCGGCUACCUGGAACUAAUAGAUUGCAUCUUCCCAAUGGCCUCGGAUGACGGCACCCUUGAUACCAGCCCAGCCCUCAAAGAAUUCAGCGACCUGCUUCUGCAAGCCAGCAUCAACCUCGGCCGGCCCCUGAAUGCCGCGAAAAACCAUCGCGAAACCCUCAUCGAUGCAGGCUUCACGAACGUCAACGUCUUAAAUUUCAAAUGGCCCACUAACCGCUGGCCCAAGGACCGCAAGGAUAAGUUGGUGGGUCUGUGGACGCUGGCGAAUAUCGGCGGCGGGCUUGAAGGGCUCAGUCUCGCGCUGAUGACGCGGGGGCUGGGUUGGGAAAAGAACCAGAUUCUUGCAUAUCUGACGUCGGUGAGAAAGGAUUUGCAUGAUCCGAAAAUUCAUGCGUAUUGGCCCAUGUGAGUCUCGUGAUUCUUACUAUUGAUAUUCAAUUCUUCCUUCCUUCCUUUUCCUAUGGCAUUUGUGGACUAAUAACCCGGUUCCUCUGGCCCUCCCCCGGCCGCCGGUGCCUGUUAAAAUUUAGUGUUGUCGUUUAUGGCCAGAAACCGAAAUCGACAUCACCGACCCGUUCGACGCAUUCGUGAUAUUGUUUUCCAUGUUCAUGUCACUUGCCUGUCUGGCCAUACUUCUUUCCUCAUUCCCUAGCCGAUUUACGUAGCGUAGCGGUUAUGGCAGUGCAGCCAACCCCCAUUUUCCUUCCUAUGAUGAUUUUGAAGUAUCACCAUAUCCUCUUAUUCAGCACUGCCGGGAACACCAGGAUGAGCAGGAAGUCCAAAAGCGUCCAAAAGCCCUGGAGGUUUUUCUCGAGUCAUUUCGUGUAUUUGCGGCCGGAUAUGCGAAAUAGUACGAUGUGAUGAAUUACAUAUGUAUAUGCAAACAUUUUAAUUUAUAUUUAUAUUUAUAUUU